CACUAUUCACGCAUAAAGUUCACAAUUAUUAUAAAUUCCCUGUAACUCAUCAAAACAAUCCCCCAUUUUGUUCAUCCAUGUCCCAGCCAUGAUCCAGGAGGAACACUUUUACGCUCCAGAAAUGUUCCUUUACGGAUGUUGUUGGGCGUAACACCCGUGAAGAGUGGACCAAAUCGCAACCUUGACAUAUGUGUAGACAUCAUGGCAGCGGCGACUGAAGGAGUUGAUCGCUGCAUCCAAGAUGACAGUUCUUCCACUGUAUCGGAGGUCAGCUCGCCACAUGAACAGUCUUCCCAAUCUAAAGCCAAGAAAAAGAAGAAAUCUGGAAAGAAAAAAACAACUGGUCUCUCUGAUGCACCCCAAGAGACAAGUGCAAAUGAAGGGAAUCAAGCAAGCGAGAAUACAGAGCUGAGCUCAGAAGAGCAGUUUAAAAGGCAAUUGGACUGGUGUAUUGAACAGCUGGAGCUGGGAAUGAAGUCACAGAAGGCCACUUCCAAGCAGAAAGAGGACGCGUCUCAUGCACUCAAAACACUGCGCAGCUCCAAAGCUCCUCUGGUCAAGAAGAGGCAGGUGAUGAGGGCCAUGGCAGGAGACUACAGAAAAAAAAUGGAAGAAGAGAAACACAAGCAGUUCAAACUCAUGCAGAAUGAACGGACAUCUGCUCAGGUCAAAGUAAAGUCAGAGUCACCCAAAAAAUCAUUUUUCUAUCGAAGAGCUGAAACCAAAGAGACGUGCGCUGCGUCAAAAGAGGAAUUUCGCUUCAACUUUUUGUGAUUUUGUAGGAAUGUUGAAUAUUAAUAGUUUAAAUGUUGUGAACUGCUUAAAAAAAAGUGAGUGGAGCUAAUAACUGAAAAACAAAAACACACUUGUAUGUAUUAACGUUUUUAAUAAACACCAUCAUUGUUGUUAAUGCAUCUUA